AUGAAGGAAGGGGGUGGUAGGAAGCAGGGUGCAGCCUCACCCUGUGCUGCAUGCAAGCUUCUGAGGAGAAGGUGUGCUCAGGAUUGUGUUUUUGCUCCCUAUUUUCCAGCUGAUGAACCCCAAAAGUUUGCAAAUGUGCACAAGGUGUUUGGUGCCAGCAAUGUCAACAAGAUGCUUCAGGACCUACCAAUGCAUCAACGAGGGGAUGCUGUGAGUAGCAUGGUUUAUGAGGCCAAUGCAAGGGUUCGAGACCCUGUGUAUGGGUGUGUUGGGGCCAUCUCUUCUCUUCAGCAACAGAUUGAUGUGCUGCAGACCCAAUUAGCCCUGGCCCAAGCUGAAGUGGUACACCUUAGGGUGCGCCAAACUAGUUGCUUUUCCAAUCCUGGUCUUGGGUCCACCAGCCCAACUAAUAGUGGGUCCCCAUCAUCCAAGAUUAUGGACUUAAAAGCCAAGCCUAUUUUUGACAUGGACAUGGUGGUUGACCAAGCCAGCUAUGGUGGUUCCAUGUGGUCAUAA